GGGAAACAACGGAAAACGUCUUGUCUGACUCGACUCCAGACUUUGUUCCACCUCUCACCAAAGCCGCACGCCACCAUUGUAAAAGCCAAAGCCGCCACCCGCCGAACCAACCAGCAAAGGAUUCUGCUGCAACAAUUUCAGAGGAUUGCGACAGUGAUCACACUUGAGCCUACAAAACGACUUGACACAACAGGCGGCGUUGCUUGCUAUUCAUACAGCUAUUCAUACCCAGCUUUCCUGCCUGCCAGGAUCAUAUUUGAUUCUCUUUUCAAUCCGUUUAAAAGUGCUUUCCGAGAGGUAUAUACCCACAAGCUCCGGAUCCCCAUCUUUUUGAACAACAAGGACCGUACUACUCAAAGUAGGUUUCCCCUGAUCACCAUGUCUACCCCCACCAAGGCAACUCGCUUCACCCCCAAGGAUCCCAAGAUUAUCCAUGCGCAACGACAGCGUCUGAUCUUGGCCAAGUAUCCCCAGAUUAGGGAGCUUUACGGUCCUGAUAUCCGUCUUUUUUACUCCAUGGUGGCCAUUACGGCUGCUCAGUUCACACUUGCCUACUUUGCUUCGAAGAUCGAGAGUAAUUGGUCUUUCGUCUUUGUGGCGUGGAGUCUAGGCGGUCUGUUAACGCACUGGCUGAGUCUGGGGAACCAUGAACUGGGUCACAAUCUGGCCUUCAAAACUCCCAUAUUCAAUGAGGCUUUGGGCAUGUUCGCCAACUUGGCACAGGCCAUCCCAUCCAUGAUGUCCUUUAAGAAGUAUCAUGCUCCCCAUCACUACCAUCUUAAUGACGCUGAAAAGGAUCCCGAUGCACCCACCACGUGGGAAGCUGGUUUUUUUAAUACCCCCUGGAGGAAGGCCGCCUGGAUGAUGUGCCAAUCAUUAUUUUACGCCCUCCGUCCUUUGAUAACGAUGCCCAAACCACCCUCCGCCAAAGAAAUCUUCAAUGUUGUCUUUGUCCUGUCCUUUGACGCUUUGCUGGUAUACAGUGGACCCACUGGUUUCAGAAUGGCCCUCUUCAACUUUAUCUCCACUUUGCUGGGCAUGGGAAUCCACCCCAUUGCUGGACACUUCAUCUCAGAACACUAUGAUUUGUACAACGACGACAGUGGACAGGAAACUUACUCUUACUAUGGACCAUUGAACUACUUUGCUUUCAAUGUUGGAUACCACAAUGAACAUCAUGACUUUCCCAAGAUAUCGGGAUUCAACCUACCAAAGGUGACGGCCAUCGCCCCCGAGUUCUACAUGAACCUGAACCCACAUUACUCUUGGAGUAAGAUUGUAUACGACUACAUCAUGGGAUCUGAUACGGGUCCUUACAAGCGAAUCAUCCGCAGAGAACGGCCGAAGGCACAAUAGGUGUACAUUUGAAGGUACACACACACACCAACAAACAACAGUUUACACGUUUCUGGUUGUUUGUUCCCUAGAGGAUAGCGCUCAUGUCGUAAGUGGUGGAACACACAAGGCGACAACAGUACAGCCGAUCUUGUAGAGUGGCUUGCUGUUGACUCAACAGGAUGACUCAAUAUCAGACUACAUAUUAUUAUUAACUACCAGUAUAACCAUUUUCCUGGAUGAAUGGAUGGUGUUGCAAUGCAUGCAUGAGGUGCU